AUUGCUCUGUACAAUGUUCGACGCCUCGACUUAACCAGAUCUAACUCUACUGAACGGCAAACAAAGCUUAGCGAUCUGAAAAAAAAAUUGGAAUCGGAAGUUGCCUCCGAAGAAACAUCCACCGUCGCCAGCCUUAUCCCCUUGCAUCUGCCUCUCAGUAGCCUUAUGUCUCCGAACUUCUCUCAUUCACUCUCGAUCACCUGCACAAGGAGCCGGAGCUACUACGAGUCGAUGCCGAACGAAUUCGGAGGCAGAUGCAGGAGGUGGCGGUGGGAAACUACCGGGCGUUCAUCUCCUCAGCCGAUGCCCUGCUUGCUAUUCGAGAGGAAGUUUCUUCUAUUGAUAAACACCUUGAAUCCAUGGUCAUAUGUUCCCUCUGCAGAACAGAACAAGAUGUUCAACAAAAUUGUAUACAAUGUGGAGCAUGCAUGGGAAAAUACUUCUGCCAGAAAUGCAAAUUUUUUUAUGAUGAUAUCUCAAAGAAACAGUACCACUGUGAUGAAUGUGGAAUAUGUAGUGAAAGGCCUGUGAAUGAAGGGAUUGAUGAACGGGUUAACUGGACCUCCGAGAUAAUUUCCGGCGGAUUGUUGAUCCUACUAUACUGAUUAAUGCCAAAGGUUCCAAACCUCGGAAA